AUGAGGAAGCUCUACAACCAUACCAAAGGCAAAAUCCACCCUUCACCACCGCCGCCGUCCGCCACCCCUGAGCACCACCUAUCCUUGCUCCCUUUGGCUAUCGCCACUCUCGCCGCCGCCCUUGCACCUGAAGAUCAAGAAGUCUUGGCGUAUCUCCUGUCAAGUUCAGCAAACACCACCAUCUUCUCGACCGGCGGCAAACCCACCAACAAGUCCGGUGGUGGAGCCAGUAGCGGCGGAGACCACCUUCCACAGUUUAACUGCAACUGCUUUAGAUGUUAUACCAGUUUCUGGGUUCGUUGGGAUGCUUCACCAAACCGGAAAGUGAUUCAUGAAAUCAUCGAUGCUUACGAAGAUGGUUUGAUUCAUAACAAGAAAAAUGGAAAGAGCAAGAAAGAGAGAAAAAACAACAAGACUGCUUCUUCUUCUUCUUCUUCUCCAUCUUCAUCUUCCUCUUGUCGUGUUUCUCACGCGCCGCUGACUGCUUCAGAAAGCGUUAUCAACGCGCCACCGCAGAGCGAGCAAAAGGGCAGCGAUGAAGAAGAUGAAAUCGCUAUUGGGUCGUCUGAAAAAGGGUCUGUGAGAAAGAUUGUAAGCUUCAUUGGAGAGAGGAUUUGGGGUGUUUGGGGUAUCUGA